CAUUGAAGAAGAGAGAGAGAGAGAGGCGGAGAAGAGGAAAGUGAGAAAGCUUUAAAAGCAAAUCGUGAGAGGACCUCUCGAGUCUUCCCUGAGUCACUCCCCUCUCUUCUCUCGCGGCGCUCUCCUUCGAUUUACCUUCUUAGGGUUUUCGCUUCGCCUGCAGAUCCUUCAACACACAAUGCAUAAGCUGAGUAGAAGCAACCGAGACAAACUUCAGCAGUUCGUGGCUAUCACUGGAGCUAGUGAGAAGAAUGCUCUUCAGGCUCUCAAAGCCUGCGAUUGGCAGCUCGAAGCAGCUUUUGAUGUCUUUUACAGCCAGCCUCAGCCAAGAAGCAAUGGCGACAUGAGACGCUUGGAGGAGCUCUACAAUAGAUAUAAAGACCCCUAUUCUGAUAUGAUUAUGGCCGAAGGUAUCUCGGUUCUGUGUAGUGAUCUUCAGGUGGAACCCCAAGACAUUGUCACGCUGGUUCUUUCGUGGCAUAUGAAUGCUGCCACAGCGUGUGAAUUUUCCAAGGAAGAAUUUUUUGGUGGAUUACAGGCAUUAGGAGUAGACUCCAUUGGGAAGUUGCAGGAAAAGCUGUCCUUUAUGCGUUCAGAGCUUAAAGAUGAACAAAAGUUCCAUGACAUAUACAACUUUGCUUUUGGGUGGGCGAAAGAGAAGGGGCAGAAGUCUCUUGCGUUAGAUACAGCGAUUGGGAUGUGGCAGUUGCUCUUUGCAGAAAGAGAGUGGCCAUUGGUGAAUCACUGGUGUGAUUUCUUGCAGGAUCGUCACAACAAGGCCAUAUCUAAAGACACAUGGGCACAGCUCCUGGAGUUUGCAAGGACGGUGGACCCGGCACUGUCGAAUUACGACGCAGAAGGAGCAUGGCCUUACCUCAUCGAUGAGUUCGUUGAGUACCUGUAUGACAAGAGCGUUGUUGAGAAGUAACUGGCCAAUUGGGAGAAGUACUCAGCUCUAUUUUACAGUGGUCCUUGCUCAUUAUUUAUUAAUAGACUUGUGUGUGUUCUUGUCCGAAUCUUCAUCUUCACAUUUUGAUGAUCAAAUAACUAAGAUGUCCAACUUUCAGACUAA